AUGUUUGGACUGGAAAUAAAUCAAUUAGCUAAUUUACUUAAACAAGCCGAUCGAAAUGGUGGUGAUGAUUCCGAUAGUGAUGAAGAUCAACCAAAGAAAAAUACAAAUGCUCAUUUAACUCCUGCAAGUCUUGUUUCACAAGCACAAAAAACGACUAAUACAAUUAAAGACGCAAACUCUACACCAAUAAAAAAACCAUCAACUGUUAAUUCAAAAGAUAUUUGGCAAAUUGAUGAAGUACCUAAUAAUGAUGUAAAAACACAUGAUGAAGUAGAUCAACGACCACAACCUGAAUAUGAAAUGCAUUAUAAACAACGUAUUACAACAGAAGAUGUCUUCCUUCAAAUGGGCAAUAAAAAUCCUUCAUCAGCUAGUUGUGAAGAUCUUGUCGUUAACAUUCAAUUACCUGAUACAAAAUUAGCUGAUAUUAUUUUGGAUAUAACAAAAACAUUUCUUGAUUGUCGUUGUCCGAAAUAUCGUUUAACAUUAUCAUUACCUCAUCCUGUUGACCCAGAUAAUUCUCAAGCUAAAUGGAAUAAAGAAAAAUCUUCACUUGAAGUUACAUUAAAACUUAAUCGAGAAUAUGAUGACUUUAAUUUAUAA